AUGACUAGUAUACGUUACGACUAUUUUAAGGAAUCUGGUGGGAGUGAUGGAGGUCUGCCAACAAGAACAAUAAUAUCCUAUAAACGAUUCAUUUAUGUUGGUACUUUAUUGGCUAUUUUGAUCUAUGGAAGUUCAUUUUUAAUUACAACGAUAGAGAAUUUCACAUUAAAAUUUGAAUCACAAUCAAUAUCAUCAAUAGAUAGUUUCAAAGGUGAAAGACCAGAUUAUGCCAGUCCGUCACUGAAAUCAACAGAUUUUAAGGGCAAAAUCCCUUUUUCGAAAGAAGUUUAUGAUAAACAUAUCUUAUCUCCCAAAUUACAUUCAAUACAAUGGAUUAGAGCUCCAGAAUCCAUACAUGAUGAUAGAGGUACUUAUGUCAUCAAAGAAGAUAAAGACGACAAAGGUUUUCGAGUUGUGGUGAAAUCUAUCGCUGAUGAAGAAUAUGAAAAGGAAUUAAUUGGUAAUAGUAUAUUCAAAUACAAGGGAGAAGAGCAUGAAAUCGUUGACUAUUUUGCCUCCCCAGAUUUACAAAAAGUAAUUUUAAAAACCGAUGUCACAAGUCUUUGGAGAUAUUCUUCAAUAGCUUAUUAUUGGGUAUUGGAUAUUAAUAAUGGAGAUAUCAAACCAGUUUUCAAUGAUGUUGAUAAGAUUUCUACAGCAUCAUGGUCUCCUGAUUCUUCUAAAAUUGCUUUUAUUUAUGAAAAUAAUUUAUAUUACAAAUCUUUACAACACGAUGAGAUUGUUCAAAUUACUUUUGAUGGUUCAACCGAAAUAUUCAAUGGGAAACCAGAUUGGGUCUAUGAGGAAGAAGUUUAUGGGUCCGAUCAUGUAUUUUGGUGGUCUCCUGAAUCAGAUAAAGUGGCAUUCUUGAGAUCAAAUAACACUCAAGUCCCAGAAUUCAUUAUACCAUUUUAUGCUCAAUCCGAUCAUCAAGAUUAUCCUGAGAUUGUCAAGAUUAAAUAUCCUAAAGCUGGUUAUCCUAAUCCUAUUGUUGAUGUAUUAACUUAUGAUUUAAACACCAAAAAUUUACAUAACCACCAUUUGAAAUCAGAAAAAAUCAAUUUAGAAAAUAGAUUAAUCACUGAAGUGGUAUGGAUUGGUGAUUCAUUAAAAGUGAAAACAUCAAAUCGUCAUAGUGAUUUAUUAGAAAUUUUCCUUGUUGAUAAACAUGAAAAAGUUAACUUGAUCAGAACUUUAACUGCUUCUGACUCAUGGUUUGAAGCAACUUCAUCAACACUUUACAUUCCUGCUAAUAAAACUUUGGGUAGAAAAUACGACGGAUAUUUGGACAUUGUUGUUGAAAAUGGCUACAAUCAUUUAGCUUAUUUCUCUCCACCAGAUAAUUCUGAAUAUGAAUUAUUAACUAAAGGUAAUUGGGAAGUAACUGGUGGAGUUACAUUUGAUUUCACUUCUAAUACGGUGUAUUUUACAAGUACAGCCAAAUCACCAAUUGAAAGACACAUUCAUUCAAUUAACUUAUUAGAUAGAUCAGAUAAUGGGUUACCUUAUAUUAAAGAUAUAACUACAAAAGAAGGUUGGUAUCAAUCGUCAUUUUCAUCGGGGGCAAGAUUUUUAUUUUUAUCUGAAUUGGGGCCUGGUGUUCCUACUCAAAGAGUUAAUGAUUUGAAAAUGCACAAGAAUGUUAAAACUAUUGAAGAUAAUUCCGAGUUGGUUGAAACAUUGAGGAAUUAUGUGGUUCCAGAAGUUAAAUAUUCACAAGUAGAACUUGAUGAUAAAGAAACCGGUCAACCAUUUUUAGUUACUGCUAUGGAAACCUUGCCAUUAAAUUUUGAUAAAACCAAGAAAUACCCGGUGUUGUUUUAUAUUUAUGGUGGACCAGGAUCACAAACAGUAACGAAAAAAUGGGCACUUUCAUUCAGUUCUUUGAUAGCUGCUGAACUAGAUGCUGUAGUUGUCACAAUUGAUGGAAGAGGUACUGGGUUUAACAAUUUGAAUUAUAAAUUAGGAUCUAAAUUCAAAUUUAUUGUCAGAGAUAGAUUGGGUCAAUAUGAACCAAUUGAUGUUAUAUCGGCAGCUAAUAAAUGGGCAGAAAAAUCAUAUGUUGAUCCUGAAAGAAUAGCGGUUUGGGGUUGGUCAUAUGGUGGAUUUUUAACAUUGAAAACUUUGGAAACUGAUAUUGACAAUCCAAUUUUUAAUUAUGCAGUGGCAAUUGCCCCCGUCACGAGAUGGAGAUUAUAUGAUUCCAUUUAUACGGAAAGAUAUUUAAAUACACCUCAAGAAAACCCUAAAGGAUAUGAAACUGGAUCUAUUCAUAAUGUUACUAAUUUCAAACAUGUUAAGAAAUUUUUCAUUGGUCAUGGUAGUGGUGAUGAUAAUGUUCAUGUUCAAAAUUCAUUACAAUUAUUAGAUGAAUUUAAUCUUGCUGAAGUGGAAAAUUUUGAAUUUAUGAUAUUCCCUGAUAGUAAUCAUGGAAUGAAUUAUCACAAUGGGUUUAAUGUUGUCUAUGAUAGAAUAUUAGAUUUUUUCAAAAGAGCAUUUGAUUGGGAAUUUGUAUAA